AUGACCGGUCUUGAUCUUAUAUUAGGGUUGUACUGGUUGUCUAAAAACCAUGUUUUGCUGGACUGUUUUGAGAAAUCACUGUAUUUCAUGCCAGAAAGAUCAGAAGGGCCGGUUGUGGUGAAUGGCUGUUAUUUAAACUACGUGGUAGUAAAUUAUUCGGGACAGGAAUGUCAGGGCGUUAUGCUGUUAGCUGCGAGCGUGUCGGGUGAAGAACAAAGUUUAGAGAAAGUUCCAGUUGCUUGUGAAUUUUCUGAAGUGUUUCCGGACGAUAUUAACGAAUUCCCUCUUGCCCAAGAGGUUGAAUUUGCAAUUGAGUUGGUACCUGGAACAGGGCCAAUCUCGAUUGCCCCUUACAGAAUGUCCCUUUAG